AUGGAGCCGCCCGCCGCGCCGUCGAUGGUGCCGCCGCCUCCCCCGGAGAUGGGCCCCGGACAGGUUCAAGUUCAGCCCGCAGGGGGGCAGCCCGCCACCGUCGUUCGGCGGAGAGCCCCUAUCGCGUGCCGAAGAUGUCGUCGUAUGAGGAGCAAAUGUAUUCAUGAAAAAGCGAAGCCACCGUGUCGGGCUUGUGUCGAUGCGGGUCUUGCACCUAGCGAAUGCAUCUUUCCGGUACGCGGCCAGCCUGAUCAGGACCGUGAGUACCGCCAUCCCCGGGCGAGGGCCGAGAAGAGCAAGAAGCGGGACGACACCAAGGCCCGCCGCGAGGGCCGGGACGGCGCGGCUCCGCUACGUUCGAGCCUCCUGAUACCCUCUGGCCUGGCCAAGGUUGCUGACGAGUGGGAUCUCCUACCCCCGCUACCCGAGAUCCUCGAAUCCGUCAACCAGUUCACGCGCCACUACUUCCAGCUCGGCUUCAUCCCGAAGCAGCUGUUUCCCGAGCGGCUCCGGACCCAGCAUCGAUCCGUCAGCGUCUUCUUUCUCCUCGGCAUCCUCAGUGUCUCGGCGCGCUUGACGCCGGCGUUGGUCGAGCGGUUCGGAAGUGCUGUGAGGGCUUCAGAGGCCUUCAUGGAGCGCGCCUCGGCCCUGGCGCAGAACGAGCUGUACAGGGAGCCGACCCUGGAGCGGUGUCAGGCUUUCUAUCUCUUGAGCAUUGCGCAGCAGGGAAGUGGGUUGAAGCACAAGAGUUCCAUCAACAUGGCGGUUGCGAUGCGGAUGGCCACCCUGAUGCAGCUGCAUAGGGAGGAGACGUAUGUGAUAGCGAACCCAACACGAGAUCUCAUCAUACGAGCUGAAUCUGCACGGAGGACCUUCUGGAUGCUGCACAGCCAGGACAACCUGCACUCCGGCCCGCAGUCCCCCGUGUUGUUGUCGGCGAGCGACAUCACAGCGCUGCUCCCGAGCAACGAGAGUGACUUUGCCAAUGCUCGAGAACCGAAUUCGAGAGCGGCCCUCGAGGGCACUCCUCCCGCCCUGGAGAACCCUGCUCUGGUUGCCGACCAAGGGAGGUCGCUCUUUGCAGCCCUCAUCCAAGUACACAAUUACUGGGGCGCCAUCUAUCGACGAGCCAUCAACAACAAUCGUAGCCCCCGGCCUUGGGAGCAGGAUAGCGAAUAUGCCCAGAUGGAACGGCGGCUUGCGGAAUGGGAGGACGGCCUCCCAAACAACUAUCGAUGGAGCAAUCUGCUUCUCAAGGGGUACAAACAGGAAGGUCUGGACCUGGGAUAUAUGGGAGUGACGAUGACCACGCGCCUAUGCAACAUCGUUAUUCGCAAACCAUAUCUAGAUGAGAUGAUAUCCCGUGAUCAGUCGGAUCCUGAACUGAGAGCCUUCUGGACCGAGAUGGCACGCAAGCUCUUCUGGAACGUAAGCAUGCUCUAUGAGCAGAUUGAGACUCACUAUGCCGAAAGAUCUCCAGAAGACGGCCCCGGUGCGCAGAUGGCGGCGUUUUGUUUCUACACCUGCGGCUUCUUGGCUUGCUAUCCCUGCAAGUUCCCAAACAUCUGCCCUGACCCGUCGAUCGCGCGCAAUACCCCCGUGAUGGUCCAGCGUAUCCUCAGCAUCCUCGCAGAAAGCAAGAAGAUAUGGCCUCUUGCCUCUCGGUGGUACGACCAUCUGGAGAAGUUCUACAACUCUCGGAAUGCAGUGGCUGCCGGGGCGGAGGGCAGCAUGGCCGACAGCAGAGAACCGAUCCCUCACGUCUUACAUCCGACCCCUAAUCGCCCCGCUGUCAAGCCCAUCCAACCUCGGAUCGUGGCUCCCGCCCCUGACGAGCAGACCGGCGUCCUGGCUCAGAAUCAGAACCCUGGCACGAAUACGGCGAUGCUCACCCUCCAACAACAUCUGCCUGCACAGGCGACCUACACCGACCCUAGCAUACGCCUCUCGGGUCCCCGACCGCAGACGCCACCCACUCUGGCGCCGCAGCAACAACAAGAACAGCAGCAGCAGCAGCAAGCAUUAGUUAUCCCUCAGGGACAAGUGCCGCCGCCGCCGGCGCCGGUCGCGGGAGCUGUUCCCAGGCCUACCACCGACGGGCUCGGCCUCCUGCUCGAGGCUUUCGACACUCACCAGACAGCGGCCGCCCCAGCGCAGGGUGAUAUGCCGGAGACGAACGCACCAGGGGCCCCGCCGCCGCCGCCGCCGCCGCCGCCACCGGGGACCAUCUACGAUCCACAGGCCGCGCCGCAGCAGUACUUGGUACACCCGCAGCCGGCGCUGGCUAUGAACGACGGGUACGAGCACGAGCUGGGGUACUACGUGUCCGACGGGGUGACGCCGGCGGCGGCGAUGCGGCAGCCGCAGCAGCCGCAACAGCCGGGCUGGGCCGGCGGCGGGGAUAUGUAUGGAUAUUGA